UUCCUUUUCGAGAUGGAUGAGGUGGUGAUUGGGGUUCCUGGGACAGGGCUAUGUUCAGCCUUUUCCCUUCUUAGAAAACAAUACGUGCAAGUCUCUGCUGACUAUUUUGGCUGUGAGGUUUAUACCACGAGUAUUGCAGGCUCUUUAGAAAAUGUUGUUUUAGUUCAUGUUGGAGGGGCUGGGAGAUGUCCACAGUUAGAUAUGGUACGCGGCAGAAGAAAUAAAGAAGAACGAGCUCUUUCUUCUUCCUCUCGACAGCGUCCCACUGCAUCGAGGAGAAGGAGAAGAGUAGAGGGUACUAGUGAGCCACUAGAUGUAUCAGAAGCAAUAGAUCCAUCUCUUUCAGAGCCACAUGCCUCACCAUCUGUUGCCAUUGCUACUGAGGCUAGUCAGCAAAAGCAACCAUCCGAUCACGAUGAUAUUUCUGUUGGACCAUUACCUGGAGGCCCCGAGGAUCCAUCCAUUCUGAAAAGCUUUAAAAAUCAUGUUGCGUUUGCAAUAUAGUCAGGAGAGGUAAGUUAUAUUAUUUUUUUGUUACACCAAUGUUAUUAUUAUAAUUGAAAUAAUUAAGUGAUUUUUUAUUUUAACAAGAAAGAGGUGUAUUAAAAUGUAGAAGUCAUGGAUUAAAAAUUCUCAAAUGGCCAUUAAAUAAUCAACGUGUUCGUGAUAUCGUUAUGGCCUCUAGUUUAUCACAUUUGAUAGAUUGCACGUAUCGUUUUAUAAUCCUACGAUUGUGUCAGCAUUUACAGAAAGAUGGCAGCCAAAGACGAAUACAUUUCAUUUACCAUUUGGAGAGCUGAGUAUAACAUUAUAUGAUGUGUCAUCUAUUUUGAAGAUUCCAGUCACUGGAAGGCCCGUAUCUAUCCCUUAUCAUUUGAGUGGUAACGAAGCUCGUGAUUUAUUAUCUAGUUUACUUGGGAUUUCAAUAGAUAUAGCAGCCCAACAGAUAGCAGAAAAUAGAGGACCAUUUGUAAAGUUAGAUUGGUUAAGAAAAACAUUCAUGCAUGUACCAGAUUCAGCUUCCAACGAAGAAAUCCAACAUGUCAAUAGAGCAUAUCUGUUAUUUUUAUUAGGCUGUAGCUUAUUUGUAGGUAAGAGCAGUACAUUAAUUCCAGUGGCCUAUUUGACAUUGUUGGAUGAUUUGAGUAUGAUUGGUAGUUAUGCAUGGGGAGCUGCAUGCCUAGCAUAUUUAUAUAGACAGCUUGGCAUUGCGAGUAGACGAGAGGUGAAGAGCAUCAGUGGAUAUCUUACUUUACUUAAGGUAAUUAUUUUAAUUUCAUAACUCUAUAUUAUGUAUGUACAUAUAUUUAACAUAUAUUAAUAAUUAUUUAUAUGAAAUUUAUAGGCAUGGGUAUAUGAACAUUUUCAAUUUAGUAGAAAUAAAUACAAUUUGUUAUAUAGUGAUGAACAACCACGGGCUCUUCGUUAGUUACCUGUUCGUGAUAAUGAUACUUUACAAUCUGUGAGGGAGCAGAUUGAUGAUUUAUCACCAGACGAGGUAUUUUAUUUUCGUGUUAUGAUUUUAUAAAUUAAUUAAUAUAUUUUAAAAUUAAUGUUUACAUUAAAAAAACAAUUGCAGGUAAUUUGGAUGCCGUAUUGGAGGGCUCGUGCACAUCACCCAUUACCAGAGAUUACAUUUUUCUCGGGUUGUUUGAAAUGUGGAAGUAUUAUCGAACCAUACCAUCCUGAGAGGGUAUUACGACAGUUUGGGUAUGUACAAACUAUUCCUCCACCUCCAUUAUCACCUAUUGAAGCUAAGCGGGGUGCAGGUACGGCAUCAUAUCGAGUAAUUUAUGCAUUUAUUGACGAUAGUUGGAAUCGGUGGGAUAUUCAUUUAUUACCACCACAUCGACGCGGUAGACCUUGUGAAUUUCCGUGGCACUUUACAUAUGAAUACUUACCGUGGUAUGGAUCUAUUACUCAUGCUAGAGCUGGCAAUUUUGGACACGACCCGAUUACACGACACGACACGACACGGAGUUAAGCGGGUUAGGGUUGGGGUUAAUCGAGUUCGUGUCAUAAACGGGUCAACCCGUUUAUGACACGAUUAUUUUCGUGUCUUAGGCGGGUCAACCCGUCUAACCCGUUUAGACACGAAAUGACACGUUUAAUUAAACGUGUUAACGGGUUGACCCGAACACGUUAACACGAUUAUAUACGAAAUGGCACGUUUAAUUAAAAGGGUUAGUGGGUUGAUCUAACACGUUAACACGAUUAUACACGAAAUAACACGUUUAAAAUUAAAUAACAUGUUUAACAGGUGACACAACACGACCCAUUUAAAUUAAACGGGUUAAACAGGUUAACAGGUGACACGACACGAUACGACACGUUUAGUUAAACGGGUUAAACGGGUCGUGUCGUGUUACACGUUUAAUAAACGUGUCGUGUUCGGGUUUAAGGAAUUUGACACGAUUAUUAAACGGGUCGUGUUCGGGUUAACCUGACACGUGUUAUACGUGUGUCUCGACACGACACGAUUACGACCCGCCAACACGAAUUGCCACC